CUGCCCGCGAGGAGCGACUAUCCCCUCCGCCUUCACUCUCUCUCCCUGUUUUGGUUUUGUUGCCAAUACAAACAACAACCAUGGCCUUCUUCUUCAAUCGUGGUCGGUCCCGCCAGCCUUCGGACAUUGCCAGAUCAAUCAAGGAACUCUUGGUGAGGCUUCGAGAAUCGCCAACCACUGCCAAGGUCGAAGAUGAUCUGGCGAAGCAACUAUCUCAGAUGAAACUCAUUGUCCAGGGUACUCAAGAAAUUGAGGUGUCCCCCGAACAAGUCCAAGCAUUAGUGCAGGCUACCCUGCAGGAAGAUUUGCUCUACGAACUAGCCCAAGGGCUUCAUCGUCUGCCCUUCGAAGCUCGAAAAGACACACAAACUAUCUUCUCUCACAUCCUCCGUUUUAAACCCGUCAAUGCAAGCCAUGCAGACCCUCCUGUCAUUUCCUACAUUGUCCACAAACGACCCGAGAUUAUCAUCGAACUGUGCAAGGGCUACGAGCAUAGCCAAAGUGCCAUGCCAUGCGGCACCAUCUUGCGAGAAGCGCUGAAGUUUGAUGUUAUCGCGGCGAUCAUCCUCUAUGACCAGUCGGAAGAGGGGGAGCCAGCGAUUCGACUGACGGAGGUGCAGCCGGGCGUGCCUCAAGAGGGCAAUGGCAUAUUCUGGAGGUUCUUUUACUGGAUCGACCGAGGGAGCUUCGAACUGAGUGCCGACUCUUUCACAACGUUUAGGGAGAUCUUGACCCGCCAUAAAUCCAUCGUUACGGGCUAUCUGGCCACGAACUUUGACCUCUUCUUCUCCAGAUUCAACGAGGUACUUGUACAGUCCAGCUCGUAUGUCACUAAACGACAAAGCAUCAAGCUACUAGGAGAGAUCCUCCUGGACCGAACCAACUACAAUGUGAUGAUGGCCUAUGUGGAGAGUGGGGAGAACCUCAAGCUGUGUAUGAAACUGCUGCGGGACGACCGAAAGAUGGUCCAGUAUGAGGGCUUCCACGUGUUCAAGGUGUUUGUUGCGAACCCCAAUAAAUCGGUUGCGGUGCAGCGGAUCCUGAUCAACAACCGUGAUCGGCUGUUGAAGUUCUUACCGAGGUUCCUAGAGGACCGGACGGACGACGAUCAAUUUACGGAUGAGAAGAGUUUCCUGGUGCGCCAGAUUGAGCUUCUUCCCAAGGAGCCGAUUGAGCCAGCACGGUCCGCGCGCGAAGCGUCUCGCUCCGGCAUCAACACGGCAGCAGUGGCCUGAAGGCCUUGUGAAUGAAGAAUUAAGCUGCGACCAUUGGCAGGGGAACGGCCAAUCUAUCGAUCCUCCCGUGCCAAUAUGCUUUUUACCCCUGCUUUUCCUUUGUCGAC